GUCUGUGCCGUUCAACUUGUAUGGUACAAAAUAGCAUUACGGAUGAAAGUGUAAUUGAGUAUCACUAUAGGUCCAUUAGCCAUUGCUGCAUAGAUAAAUGCCUUUCCAUUCUGGUUUGAUUUUGUAGUUUUAAUGUUAUGAUGGAGGAUUCAUUUGUUGGAUCGUCAGCCCUUUUGGCACUCGAGUAACCUUUAAUUGUGUUCCAUUGAUUUCUAAAUGUAGUUUGCUUUUAGUAGCACGCACACGUUCUAGCGCAAUAGCUCGUCCUCUAAAUAUUUGCUCAUUCGUUCUGUGAAUUUUUAUUGUCUUGGCAUUGCAUUUCUCACCAAUGAUUGAAUCAAUCAAUGCAGAAGGAGACAAAAAUAUUAUGGACGUUAUUUCUGCCAACUAGAAUCAAGUAGGUCAUUUAAGGGGCUAAUAGGGGUAAUAAUCUAUCUGAAGUUAAUCUAAUACAUAUUCCGAAUAAAUCUGUUGUCUUUGUUUUGACAUAAAUGCUGCAGAAAUGCCAUUGUCAUGUUGCAUGGUUCAAUAAAGAACCUUUAACAUCCACAUAAUUCUCUUGCAUAAAAACCUUUUUGUUGUGGACUAUAAAAAGGUAAGAAAGAAGUCUUUUUACUAAAAUGUUCUUCGGGAAACUAAAAUGGUUAUUCUAUGGUAUCGCUGUAAUGAAUGUUAUUUACAACUAUUCUUUUAUAAUUCAAAUUAUAUAUAUAUUUAAAAAUAUUAUUUUAAGUGUUAUUUAUGUAUGAAUCUUUUGCACAAUUUUCCAGUUGAAUCCUGGUGCAACAACAUUUCAAAGGCGAUUUGUGAAAGAAGUGAAAAAAUGUGAAAAGAUGGAGAGAAUUUUGAGAUAUCUCGAGAAGGAAAUGGUGAAAUCUAACAUUGUUAUUGCGGCUCAGAAGGAGAAGGAGGUUGUCCCCUGUCCCAGAGAUGUGCUGGAGUUAGAGUUCACGUUUGAGAAGUUGGAGCAGGAACUGAGAGAAAUCAACCGUAACCAUGAUGCCCUCCGCCAGAACCUCGUCGAACUCAUGGACAUGGAUUCUUUGUUAAGGAUGACUGAGGACUUCUUUGAAGAGGCUGAAUCUCUGUUGUCCUGUUCUGAACCUCCUUCAGAAGACUCAAUGUGCAUGACCGUCACAUCACGCAUCAACAGUCGCAGAAACAGCAGCGUUAGCACCGGUGGACUUCUGCAUUUAGGAUUUAUAGCAGGUGUUAUCAAACAAGAACGGUUUCCUGCUUUUGAAAAGGUCCUUUGGCGUCUUUUCCAUGGAAAUUUUGUCCUUCGGCAUGCAGAGAUACAGGCCACUGAAGAGCUUCAGGCAAAGCAGAGGGGACCCGCGAAGAAAGAUGUGUUUAUUAUAUUUGUCCAAGGAGAUCAUGUGCGGGAAAAGAUUCGAAAAGUGUGCGAUGGCUUUCAUGCAAGUCUGUAUUCGUGCCCAAAUACAAUGCAUGAGCGCAAGGAGAUGAGCAGCAACAUCGUGUUGAGAAUGGAGGAUCUUCGAAUGAUCCUGAGAAGAACCGAGGAGUAUCGCGCCGGGGCCUUGAUCAAAGCAGCGGAUCACAUCUACGAGUGGAACUCUAAAGUGAAGAAGAUGAAGGCCAUCUACUACACUCUGAACCUCUGCAACAUAGACAUCACACAGAAGCUGAUCGUAGCCGAGAUCUGGUGUCCUGUGUCAGAUCUCACAUUAGUUCAGAACGCCCUGAUUAAAGGAUCUGAGCAGAGCGGUUCUAGUGUGACUCCAGUUCUGAACCGCAUACAAACUCAACAAAUUCCACCGACCUUCAACAGAACAAACAGCUUUACUGAGGGGUUUCAAACAAUUAUUGAUGCCUAUGGGGUCGGUACCUAUCAGGAGAUCAAUCCAGCUCCAUACACUACUGUAACCUUUCCCUUCCUGUUUGCUGUGAUGUUUGGAGAUUGUGGUCAUGGUCUAGUGAUGACACUGUUAGCGGUUUGGAUCAUUACACAGGCCGAAUGUUUUCGGAAGUGUAAAAAUGAGCUUACAGAUGUCCUGGUUGGAGGACGGUACAUCAUUUUGCUCAUGGGACUGUUCUCCAUUUACACUGGCCUGAUUUACAAUGACUGCUUCUCAAAGUCCUUCAACAUUUUUGGUUCUUCCUGGUUUGUCCGGCCCAUGUUUCAGCCUCACGGACCAUGGCACAAUGAGACACUGCAUACUUGUGACCAUCUUCAACUGGACCCAGUCGUGCCCGGGGUUUAUUCUGGUGACCCAUAUGUGUUUGGAAUCGACCCGGUUUGGAACAUUGCAUCGAAUAAGCUGACCUUUUUAAACUCCUUCAAAAUGAAGAUGUCUGUGAUAUUGGGAGUCAGUCAUAUGCUUUUCGGUGUGAUCCUGAGCUUGGUAAACUAUGUGUAUUUCCGAAACUUCCAGGAUAUCUUGAUUGAGUUUGUUCCACGUCUGAUCUUCAUGCUUUCUCUCUUUGGAUACCUGGUGUUUCUCAUUCUUUACAAAUGGUGCAUCACUGUCCGAUCUGACGUGGCUCCCAGCAUUCUCCUGCUCUUCAUUAACAUGAUGCUGUUUGAUUAUCAGUCUCAUCAGUAUUACCUUUAUAAAGGACAGAAAGCCGUACAGAUCUUCCUGGUUGUGACGGCGGUUCUUAUGGUACCUGUACUGCUGUUGGUAAAGCCUCUUCUCAUCUACAGGACCCAAAUGAAAACCAAACAGCAGGUGUUUGGAAAUUCUGUGAAUGAUCAACAGGGGGUAGAUACACGAUCUUCCUUUUCCCAACAUCAGAGAGAUGAGACGGUGGGCAUGUGUGACGUCUUUGUGUAUCAGGCCAUUCACACGAUCGAGUUCUGCCUGGGCUGCAUUUCCAACACGGCUUCUUACCUGCGCCUCUGGGCCCUUAGUCUGGCUCAUGCGGAGCUGUCAGAGGUUCUUUGGCGGAUGGUUCUACAGGUGGGACUGAGGUUCUCCUCUGGUAUGGGUUCUCCUCUCACUCUGGCACUACUCUUUGCGGCUUUCGGGAUUCUGACAGUGGCCGUUCUUCUGGUUAUGGAGGGUCUUUCUGCUUUUCUGCACGCUUUACGGCUACACUGGGUUGAGUUUCAGAACAAGUUUUACGAGGGAUCCGGCCACAAGUUCACACCCUUGUCCUUUGACCGCCUGUUAAAAACACAUGAGGAAUAGUGCUUAUAUUAUUAUAUAUGGUUAUGUGUGCGUUUCACCUAGUUUUGACUUUUACUUUGACUAUAAUGCAGCAGUGAUUUCUAAAUAUUUUUACAGAAAGGAUCACAGAUGGUCUGAUAACGCUUUAUAUUACACAUUGUAAAUGCACGGUUUAUUUUUACGUUUAACAGUUUCCAUGCUACAAAUUUAAAACAAGCACCAUAAGUGUUUAGUGUAAGGGGUAGCGUUUAGUGAGGAUUAUAUAAUAAAAGGCCUCAUCAUGUCAGUAAUCCAUCAACACAAAAUCUAUCAAUCACAGUGCAAAUUUCUUCUUAGAAAGCAAUGAAAAGUCAAAAGAAACAUUGUCAAAUGUAAUUUUAUUAAUGCUGUAAAGUAAAAAAUAGUCUUACCUUCUAGACAAUAAACUGUACAUGAACAGA